UCACUUCCUGUGCGGCUUUCAGCGACCGGGCCACGACAUCUCAUGGAACAUUCACAGCACCACGCCCGAUUACGACACGACGUAUUACUACGGCGCGACGCCUGUACGACUUGACAUCGACACAUAGCACACACGGCGUAGUGCGCCACACUCACACCGCCAUGGGCUCGCGAUACGCACCCAAAUCGAACCCCGUCGAGCGUCGCAAGGGCGAGUCGGCCCUCUCCGAGUUCGCCGACUACGUGCAGAAGCAGCAGGCGCUGCGACGGCCCGGACAGGCGGCGGCCACGCUCGAGGACCACGACGAGCUGAGCAUCCUCGACGAGCUCGGCCUGACUGACGACGCCAAGCCACACGUCCGCCUGAGGACGCUGCUAACCGGCCCCGCCGAGGAGAAUGUCGCCGCGCUGGGCGAGCACGUGGCGGAGCGCCUGGCCGAGGGCCACGGCGAGGUGCUGUUUGACGUCGGGCUUGAAGACACGGGUGAGAGCAUGGAAUUCGCCCGCGCCGACUGGGACGCUGCCCUCGAGCGCAUCGGGGCCGUCGGCGAGCUCAUCCAGGCCGACUACAAGGUCCUCAUGACGCGGAAUGUCGGCGGCGACGUCGAGGUCGGCCCCCGCGACGCAAAAGACACGGGCCUCAGCGGCAAGCUGAUCGUCAGACACCGCCCGCACGACGUGGACGAGGUCAUUGAGACGCGCAUCGCCGUCGUUGGCAAUGUCGACGCCGGCAAGAGCACCAUGCUGGGCGUGCUGGUCAAGGGCGGGCUCGACGACGGCCGCGGAAAGGCGCGCGUCAACCUGUUCCGCCACAAGCACGAGAUCGAGAGCGGGCGCACCAGCUCCGUCGGCAUGGAGAUUAUGGGCUUCGACAGCAAGAGCGACGUCGUCGUCUCGACCACCGCUGGCCGCAAGCUGACCUGGGAGGAGAUUGGGCGUCGCGCUGCGAAAGUCAUCAGCUUCACUGAUCUGGCCGGCCACGAGCGCUACCUGCGCACUACCGUUUUCGGCCUCCUGUCCAGCGAGCCCAACUACUGCCUGCUGAUGGUCGCUGCCAACAACGGUCUCGUGGGCAUGAGCAAGGAGCACCUCGGCAUCGCCUUGGCGCUCAACGUCCCAGUCAUGGUCGUCAUCACCAAAGUCGACAUCUGCCCGCCCCAGAUCCUCGAGCAGACCAUGACCCAGCUGAGCAAGAUUCUGAAGUCGCCUGGCGCGCGCAAGAUCCCCGUCUUCAUCAAGAACAGGGAGGAGUGCAUCAACACCGCUACCCAGUUCGUCUCUCGGCGCAUCUGCCCCAUCUUUCAGGUGUCCAACGUGACGGGCUUCAACCUCGACCUCGUGCGCACCUUCCUGAACGUGCUGCCGCAUCACGGCAACUACGACAGCUCGCUGCCUCUCGAGUUCCACGUCAACGACACCUUCUCCGUGCCCUUUGUUGGUACCGUCGUGUCUGGCGUGGUCAAGUCCGGCGAGAUCCACACUGGCGACACUAUCCUCGUCGGACCCGACGGCCUCGGCCAAUUUACCACAACCAAGGUGCGGUCCAUUGAGCGAAAGCGAAUCCAAGUGCCGGGCUGCUCCGCCGGCCAGUCCGCCAGCCUUGCGCUGCGCAACGUACGGCGGAAAGACGUCCGCAAAGGCAUGGUCGUGCUGCACAAGUCGGACAAGCCCGACGAGAAGACGGGCAUCAUCCCCCAGCCAAAAGUCUACCGCGACUUCGUCGCCGAGGUCCUGAUCCUGUCGCACGCCACCACCAUCAAGACCAAGUACCAGGCGAUGCUGCACGUGGGGCCCGUGUCGCAGACCUGCGCCAUCAUCGACAUCGACCGCCAGUACAUCCGCACCGGUGACAGGGCCCAGGUCGCGUUCAGGUUCGUACAACGACCCGAGUAUCUCACUGUCGGCGACCGCAUCCUCUUCCGCGAGGGCCGCACGAAAGGCCUCGGCAUCGUCAAACAGGUCGGCUACGACCCGAAGCGGCCGCUCAAUCUAGAGCUACAGAGGGAGCAGCAGGCCAAAAGUGCGGGCGAGACAAAGGCCGCUGCCGCGUGACGUGGGUGUAGUGCGGAUAUCUGAUGAUGGAGUUUCUCUUUUGGAUACGUCGCUGUGCUGUGCAUGCGCUGGGUCCUCGCUGGAUCGUAUUGGAGUGUGGUGUUGGGAGGUAGAGAAUAUUUAUAAGCAAGUCAUAUCAUAUCGCGCGCAGGAGGCCAAUAGCCUCGUUCGACAAAUCAGACACCUACUUGAAUCGCCAUGGCAAGGGCUGGGAGAGCGUGCUCAUGUGCUGAAUGGAGCGACUGCGCCUUUUACAGUUGGUUCUUCAUCAAUGACUAGAGACCUGCAAUGAAGCGCACUGGUCCAUCGCCCGCGGCUUGAAGAUGUGUGUGUCUGGUUGCUAGCUGCCAGAGCCUCUGCAACUCAAGCAAGUUGACUUGAGCAGCUCAACGAUUUGAAAAA